AUGGAUUCUUUGAAAGUUCUUCUGGUCGUCCAGCGGUUUAGAGCAGCAGUACAUACCAUUGGAGCGUUCAUAUUCCUGGAAGAGAUCAAUCCUCGAUUGAUCUACUCAUCUCCAUCUGUUGACAAGAUGACAGAAGAAAUUCUCGGCCUCGCCCACAAAAUGGAAGGAAUAGAACAAAAUCACGCGAGAGGUCAAGAUGAAAAACUUACUCGAACAGUACUCGCGUGGUCUACCUUCUUCCAUCCCUGCAGGAAAGCAGGCAAACUCCUCCAGAAUGUCCUCUUGACUGGGACAACAGGCUCAUUAGGAAGUUAUCUUUUGGCGGCUUUCGACAACAUGCCCAAUUCCGAAGUCGGCAAAAUUUACUGUCUCAACCGAUCGCCAAAUUCGAAAGAUAGACAGAAGAAGUCCAGUAUAGCCCGUGGUCUGAACACCGCCUGGGAAAAUGAGCGGGUUGAAUUUCUUCAGGCUGACUUGUCACAACGAGAACUUGGACUUGGACCAGAGAAAUAUGCCGAGCCCUUGAACAAUACCACUGUUGUUAUACAUAACGAUUGGCAGGUGGACUUCAAUUUUAUCCUCGACUCCUUCGAAUCAUGGAUUCGAGGCGUCCGAAACUUGCUCGACUUCAGCGCUCAGUCUGCACAUGAAGCGCCGCUGAUAUUUAUGUCAAGCGUAUCGAUUGCUCAUGGGUUGAUGGUGUUACACCCCGGCGAGAUGGUCCCUGAGGCAGUUCCGGAUGACUUCGAUGCUCCCGAGCAAAUUGGAUAUGCAGAGUCGAAAUCCUCGGGCAUCCCAAGUACUAUUCUGCGGACGGGGCAGAUUACGGGACCGCUGGAAGGGAACUGUGUAUGGAAUAGAAAUGAAUGGCUUCCAAGCAUUGUGACGAGUUCGAAGCACCUUGGCGCUCUCCCUGAGACAUUGGGGACCUUUGAAGCUGUAGACCGGAUCCCUGUGGAUGUGCUGGCCUUGACCAUGCUGGAACUUGUGAAAAACACCCUCCGCCGGAACGGUAUGCGUACAAUGGUGUACAAUUUGGUAAACUCUCGGACAACGAUAUGGUCUGCUCUAGUCCCACACGUUCAAACGAUCGCCGGAAUCGAGAAACUGGUAGCGUUGAGAGAGUGGGUAGAGAUCUUGGAGCAGAGCAGCCUUGAAAGUAAUGGAGCUAUCGUUGAGAUAAACCUUGCAUUGAAGCUUCUCGAUUUCAUGCGUGGGUUGAGUCUGAAGGAAGGGCCUUCAAAUGCGAGGUCAAUGUAUGAGGUGAAGGCGCUUCUUCGGGAUAGUCAGCAAGCAUCUGAACCCACGAAGGUAACUGUAGAAUGGAUAGGAAAAUGGAUGAGGCUAUGGGGGCUUUGA